UUGGAAGGGUUUCCUACAACUUGGGCAAUUCCCCCAACCGACAGCGAUGAAGUUCAAACUAUCUACAACUCCAUCAAUUGGAAUAAAGUUCCUAGUGCUCCUGUAAGAAAGAUAAAGUCUGAUGGCUCCUUUAGCCCUAACUCUGACGGCUCAAGUGAUCCUUACUGCUACUGGUCAGAUACAAACUGUGUGAAGCCUAAAGCCUCUUACCUUCCUCCUGAUCUUUAUGAAUGCCCCAAAAAAGGUGAUUGGGGAUUAACGUAUGACGACGGUCCAUUCAACAAACCUGCACUUUAUAAUUUUCUCGGCAGAAAGAACCUUCAUGCUUCUCUAUUUUAUAUUGGCUCAAGUGUUGUAAACUAUCCUGCUGCUGCAAGACUUGCUUUGAACAAUGGUCAUUCUCUUUGCGUUCACACAUGGUCCCACAACCCAAUGACCACAUUAACUAAUGCUGAAAUUGUUGCUGAACUUUACUGGGGCAUUAAAGCCAUCAAGACUGCCACUGGUGUAACUCCCAAGUGUUGGCGUCCUCCUCAAGGCGAUGUCGAUGAUCGUGUUCGUUCUAUUGCUUGGCAAAUGGGUAUGCGUACUGUUCUUUGGAAUGAAGAUACUAAUGACUGGGAUAUGCCUGAUCCCAUGAAUGGCGGCAAUCUUCCUCCCAAGACCGUUGACGGAUACUUUCAAAGCUGGAUUAACGCCCAGAAAGCUGGUACUUUAAAAACUGGUAUUCUUGUCCUUGAGCAUGAACUUAACCAUAUGACUGUGAAUAUGUCUAUGUAUUGGUUACCUAAGCUUCAAAGCACGUUCAAUGUUGUAUCUGCACUGGAAUGUAAUGGAAUCAGUCAGCCUUAUUGGGAAACCAACUUUGUUUAUCCU